GAGGAAGAGAAAGAUAGUGAUUGGGUGGAAGGUAAAGGUGAAACAGAGUUCAGACUACACAGAGAUACUGAUGAAGCUAAGAAGACUGAUCAUGAUGGCAGUGAUAAGCAAAGUGGUUUUGUUGCAAGUCCCCAGAAUGAAAAUAUAAGUGGUACAGACACACAGAAAGUUAAAGUCUCCUGUGCUGAAGGGAGUUCAACGUGGAACAAGUUAUUGAAUGAGUUUAAUGCAUUGAUGAAGUCACUAAAUAAUAUGAAUGAAAUGUCGCAGUUGGUACAGUUAUUACAGUCUAUGCACAGCAUAAUUAGGUGUGCCAUUGAGGUAGUUGUUUUGUUGGAAAGCAGAUGUCACUGUCUUCCAGAUGAAACACCUUUCAUAUUCACAUUCUUCGAUGGUAACUUUGGUGAUAUGAUCAGGUUCUUAAUGCAGGUGGUGUUGUCCAGCUCAUGUGAAGAAGAUGGAGGGGAAUGUGUGAUUCUGAUGUGCUUGGAGAUGGUUGGCAGUUUACUGCACAUGCCAGAGAUACAUGAUGCUUCACGACAAAACAUUGAAGCAGCCAUUACAUUAUUAUCACUUCCAUGGCACAUUCAUGUGGUGCCAGGGAGUGACAUGAAUUGUCCAGUGUCUCUUGUCUCACAGUUAACUGCUUUGUCAGGUAAGUUCUCACAUUAUUUGAAUGAUGUUAAUAAAUAGGGCUGUUAGUGAUGAAGUUAACUGAAAAAGUCUGUACCUUCUCUGUUGC